UGUCAAACAGCUGUCAACGUCAAACUAAAAUUUCAAAUAUAUUUAAAAAUUAUAAUAAACAAAACAAAUAAUGAACGUUUUAAAAAACUUUUAAAUAAGUAGAUAUUUUUAAAUAGGCGAUUUUAUAUUCAUAAUUUUGUAAACAUAUACAUAUAUAAUUAAUGAGAUUAAAAAUUGUGUAAAUGCGUAUUGAUAAUGUUUGCUGAAAAAGUUAUAGAACUACUGAAAGAAGCUGAGAGGAAUAAAGACACUAUUGAUCAAUUUAAUGAUGACAAAAUACGUCAAAUUAUUGAGGAGAUGCAAAUGCUGUUCAAUUUGAAUAUGAAUGAUGCAAAUGCGUCAUCGGAAAAUAAGUCACUGUGGACAACAGUUCAAGUGAGGCAUUCAGCACUGGAGCGCAACAAGCGAUGUCUUAUGGCCUACCUGUACAGCAGAAUGGAGAAAAUAAAGACACUACGAUGGGAGUUCGGCUCAGUGCUACCCCCCGACGUUCGGGAGUUGUUGUCUGAUGAAGAAUACGUGUGGUUCUCCAAAUAUUCUACCAAUUUAGCCUCGUACAUGCGAUCUCUUGGCCAAGAUAUAGGGUACAGUGGCAUAGAUUUAACAGAGAAUCUGAAGCCGCCAAAAUCUCUGUAUAUUGAAGUUCUCUGUUUGGUGGACUAUGGGAAGCUGGAGUUGGAAGAGGGUGAUGUUAUAAUGCUAAAGAAAAAUAGUAGACAUUUUUUACCUACCUCCGAGUGUCAGACAUUAAUACGACAGGGGAUUUUGAAACAAAUAUUGUAAUAUCUAAUAAAGUAUUUUUAAAAAAUAAGUUUUCCUGUUUUUUUAGUUAGAAAAAUACUUGUAGGUAGUCUAAAUAAAAAUCACGAUGUUUUACUGAAACUCGUGUAGCGCUGUAUGAAUUAUCCAGGGUUGUGUUCUUAUUAUUAAGUUUUUUUUAUCAAUAUAUUUCUAAGAACAGUUUUUGAAUUGAUGAAUAUUACUCAUAGAUUUCAAUGCUAGAGGAAGUUUAUAAUAAUAUGUUAGGAAUGGGAUCUAAAUUUGAGAUAUGUAAUUUUAGACAUAUUAUUUGAUAAUAAAGCAGUUUUAGUUAUAAAAUGACAUAACUUGUCAUUCUUGUGGGGACUAGUCUACCCUAAUCACUACGACUGAGCGACUGGUCUGCUUUAGUCAUUACGACUGGUUAAAUCUUAUUCCUUGUAUAUUUCAUAUUUUGACUCUAAUGAAUUAGAGCUAGUUGUACUUUUUAUUCAAACAUUUCCACUUAAAAAUGUAAAGUUACAACAAUUACUUGAAAGAGCAACACGCCAGUUCCUUGCUCGUUCUUGUGAUGCUACAGCUUUCCAAAUGAGGGAUGAUUAAAAAAAAUAA